AUUAUAAUAUUAUUAUUUAUCAUCAUCGGUGUUCACCAUGAUAACGGUUGACAUGGACACACGAUACGCGUUACCUAUUGGCUAUUAUAAUAAUAAUAUUUAUUAUUUAAUACGGUAUUGCGGUCUGCGGCCACAAUUGAUAUCCGAGUACGCGACGGCACUCAGCAGCUUGUGUGAUCAAUCAACGAAUUACACGGUUUUUCGUUAGUUGCGUUUCAUUUUCCAUCACGACUGGGUAUUGUACGACUGUUGAGUGGUUUUUUGCAAAAUCUCCAAGUUCGUCCGACUUCCGAAUUACCGUCCCCCGGAUAUUAACUCGAAACCUGUUUGACCAUGAAGCCCAUAACCGAUGUCAGGGUUGUUAAAACCACAGAAUCGGCAUUCAUUAGGCCGUUUUCAUUGAUAUUCAAACAAGGAGGAAAUGAAAUAAAAUGGGACCUAAUUGAUAGUCAUAAUGGAGUGUUUGUGAUAAUCUACAACAGAACCAGAAAUACAUUGGUGUGCGUUAAACAAUUUAGACCAGGUGUCUACUAUAAAAGUAUACCAGAAUGCGAUAGACCCAAAGAUGGACGUAUUGAUACCAAUAAAUAUCCACCUAGCCUUGGUUUGACGGUAGAAUUUUGUGCUGGUAUUGUAGACAAAAACAAAGCUCUUGAAGAAAUAGCUGUUGAUGAGGUCCGAGAAGAAUGUGGUUAUGAAGUCAAAGUGUCAGAUAUGCAAAAAAUCAUCAGUUGUAGAGCUGCAUUAAGUACAGCUGGUUCUAUUAUGACAUUUUUUUACACUGAAGUGACUGAUCAAAUGAAAAUAUCUGAAGGAGGAGGUCUUGCGCACGAAGGAGAAGACAUUGAAGUCGUAGAAUAUACUAUACCACAAAUCAGAGAUAUAAUCACUCAAUCAGAAGUUUUAAAUGGGUCGUCUAGUUUUCUUUUUGGCUUAAUGUGGUUUUUGACAAACAAAAUUGUUUUGAACAAUUAAAUUUAAACCAAUAACAUUGUUGAUUUAAUAUUAAUUAAUAAGUUAUACAUUUAUAUAAAAAUUAUAAAAAACAAAUUACCUAUAUUAUUUUUCAAAUUCAAAUUCAAAUUCAUUAUUCAUUUUUUUUUUAUUUACAUUUCGUGGUUUAUCUUAGCAGAUACCCAACCUAAACCCCAUUUUAAAUUGGUAAGCAUAAACUUUAGAGCUUUAGUCCAACCUUCUUCGGAAUUCAAUUGUAUUCUAUAACAUAAAAGUAUAUUAUAAAUAAAUAUUAGUGCUCAAUUAUUAAUUGAUAUUUUUAAUAAAAGUAAUUUAAUAUAA